AUGGCUGGCUGGGAGAAGGUCGCCACGACCCUCAAUGGCUGCAGCGCUUUCAAGACGCACCAUCUCAAGGGGCCUAUCGCCAAGAACCGCUUCGAGCGUCUUGUCGAACGCCACCGGAGCUGGGUCAAGAAUGGGAGCAAGCCAGAAGAUGUGCCGUCCGAGGACGCCGCUUUCCAGAGCGUCAUGAUGCGACUCGUUCCCAAACUGGACGCUGCGGAAGCGGAGCCAGUGACGCAGACACUGGGGAAGCGGGGCCGCCCACGGAAGGUGCGCCCAGUUGAGACACUGGCGCCUGCGACCAAGAAAGCGUCGACGGUAGUGGCCUGUUCGACUAUCGCUCCGUCGCCGGUGGGCCCACAGCCUUCUUCGCCGUCGACGUCUCUCCUCGUCGACCCGGAGGACCAGGCGUUGCCCAUUGCGACAAAGGCUACCCGUCAACGGUUCACACCUCGUGAUGACCUCUUGCUUGCUAAGUACGUGAAGCAGUCGCUUCCGUUUCGUGCCAAGUUUGGUGCGAUUUCGGCGGCUUGGGAUGACGUGGCAAGCAAGCUGGACAGCAAUCCGGAGUUUUCAAAAGACAGCAUCAAGGGCCCAGUUGUGCGCUACCGCUUUGAGAAUUUAGUGCUGAAGUACCGUGAGCGCGUCAAACGGAACAACGGACGUGUUGUGGGGGCCAAGGGUACGCCUGCGGGCGAGCUUGAAGUGCUUAUGACGGAGUUGGUCACUUUACUGGACGGUGGAGACCCUGUUAGCGCGGCUCUACUUGCACAGAAUGUGGCAAUUCUCACGGGUUCGGUGAAUGAGAUGAGGGAACGAAAGUUUGCACGUACGUCAAGGAGCCAGGAUUUUGUUUCGACCAAAACCAAUAGUGGGCCAUCAUCGCCAGGCUCUACUGCCUCUGACGUUUCACCAGAUGCACCCCAGAGCUCCAUCAUCCAUACGCUGGAUUCCCAGUCUUUGAAUACUCUGACGUCAAUGAAGCAAACGGUGGUGAAGGCUCUUAGCCCUACUAGCAUCGCUGGGUUCGAGACUCUGGUCCAAAAAAUGAUUGAGCAACAGAAUCGAGCCAUCAGGCAAAUGGUAUCGCUGCAGCGCGAUGAGCGGCGCCUAGAGACGGAACGACGAGAGAAAGAGUUCAAGCUUCAGCGCGAGGAAAGGGAGAAGGAUCGCAAGCAGGAGCGCGAAGAGCGGGAGAAGGAGCGAGAGGCGCGUGAGAACGAACAGGAGAAGAAGCGAGAACAGUUUGAACAGCUUGAAAAGGAGCGGGGUGAAGAGCGCGAGGAGCGCAAGCAGGAGCUCGAAAAGGAGCUUAAGAUGGAGCGUGAGGAGCGCGAGAAGGAGCGUGAGGAGCGCAAGAAGGAGCGUGAGGAGCGCGAGAAGGAGCGUGAGGAGCGCGAGAAGGAGCGUGAGGAGCGCGAGAAGGAGCGUGAGGAGCGUAAGAUGGAGCGUGAGGAGCGCGAGAAGGAGCGUGAGGAGCGCAAGAUGGAGCGUGAGGAGCGUGAGAAGGAGCGUAAGGAGCGCGAGAUGGAGCAGGAGGAGCGCAAGAUGGAGCGCGAGAAGGAGCUUGAGGAGCGUGAAAAGGAGCUCGAAAAAGAGCGUGGGAAGGAGCGCGAGAUGGAGCGUGAAGAGCUCGAGAUGGAGCGUGAAAAAGAGCGUGGGAAGGAGCGCGAGAUGGAGCGUGAAGAGCUCGAGAUGGAGCGUGAAAAGGAGCGUGAGAAGGAGCGCGAGAUGGAGCGUGAAGAGCUCGAGAUGGAGCGUGAGGAGCACGAGAAGGAGCGUCCGGGGCUAAUUGUGACAUCGAUCUCGGCUAUGAAGACUUUUUUGGAGUAG